AUGGCACCGAAAAGAAAACAAAGUGACACUGAGGAAGGAAUUGACUUUAAAUUUACACAAUUUCAGAUUGUUCCUCCUAUCAAUCAGAAAAACUUCUACACAGAUUAUUUGAAACGAGAUGAUCAAAUGUACAUUUGGAGAGAUACUGCUAGUGCCAAGGACGGUGAGCCUGAUACAACAGUAGGAGACGUCAAACAAGAAGAAUCCAAAAAGGUUGCCGAAGAAGAGGAGGAUGGCAUGGAAGAAAAUACACAAGAAGGAAAACAGAGGGAUGCUAAAACAGUGGUCAUUCAUGUAGGAUCCCAAAAUCUUCGUAUUGGAUUAGCAUCAGAUAAUUCUCCGAAAACUGUCCCCAUGGUUAUCGCCAGAAAAAUGAAUGUUGAUCCUGAACAUCGUCACCUCCAAUUGUCUAAAAUUUGCAAAAAAAACAAGGAUGGCAACCUGCAAUUUGAUGAAGAGUUUGAAAACAAUUUGAAAAUGCUGCAAACGGAAUUGAAGGCUCGUUUAAAAGCAAAGAAAAAUCGACCUGUUCCCAAUGGUACAGCGCUCGUGAACAACUUUAAUAAAAUAUCUAAACCAGAAGUCAUCCCAUCUCAUGAAGAUCCUCUCAAGCCCGAUUGGAUUCAGUUUGAGAAUAAUAAACGACCAGACGUGAUUAUCGGCGAAGAGGCUUCACUCCUUCCAGUAAAGGAAUAUCCGGAAUAUAGGUUUUUUCAUCCUCUAAAGGAUGGAAUAUUCAAUGAAAAUGAUUAUGAAUCCUCUCAGCAGUUGUUUUCAGAUAUAUAUGAGAUAUUAAAGUACUCUAUUUCCGACUUGCUCCAAAUACCACUUUCGCAGUUACCCCAGUACUCAUCCGUUUUCAUCGUUCCGGAUCUUUAUGAUCGCAUUUACGUAGAAAGAUUUUUAGACCUUUUAUUUUAUGACCUUCAGUUUGGAAAAAAUGCCAUUGUACAAGAGUCCCUCUGUACGUCGUUUGGUGCUGGAAUGUCUUCUGCUUGUGUUGUAGACGUGGGUGCUGAAAAAACGGCCGUAAGCUGUGUGGAAGAAGGAAUUGUAAUUCCAAAUUCAAGAAUUAAUAUGAAGUACGGAGGAGACGACAUAACGCUGUUAUUUGCGAAGCUCUUAGCGAAAAGCCAUUUUCCAUAUCGUGAGAUUGACCUUUCUCUCCCUUACGAUUGGAAUUUGAUGCAAAGUUUAAAGGAAAAAUAUUGUGGUAUUAGCCAAGGAACGUAUAAUAUCCAAUUGAACGACUUUCACUCCCGUACUCCAGAUGGUGGAACCAAAAAAUAUUCAUUUAAGGUACUGGAUGAAACAAUCCUUUCUCCAUUUGGAUACUUUCGUCCCGAUAUUUUUGAAAAUGGAGAAAAAUUGAAGGAUAGAUACAAGCUUUUCCCUGUUCCUGUGGACGUGUAUGAAAACCAGCCAAACAAUCCAGAGUCACUUGCACACACAACCUUGUUGCAAAUUUCUGCUCCUUUGGCGUCAAAGGAAGAAGAAUCCAAAUCAAUAGUAGAGGAUUAUGAGGGAGAUGAACCAAACGAAAAUAAAAGACCAAGGGUCAUUCAUUUGGGGUCACUUGCCUCUCCGGAAAAAAUCAAGGAGAAGCUUGUUUAUCCUUUGGAUGAUGCCAUUAACCAAAGUAUUUUCAGCGCUUGUGAAGGGAAUUUGGGUGAUCAGGCCAAGAACCUAUACUCUAGUAUCUUGGUUGUUGGUGGUGGUGCCUUGUUUCCUGGAUUUUCGCAUCUUUUAGAAGAGCGGCUGCAAUCGAAGCGAGCAAACAUUUCGAACAUUGCUGUGUUACCACCUCCACGUGGAUUAGAUGCUCAGAUUAUUGCAUGGAAGGGUGGUUGCAUAUACAAUCGUUUACGGAUUGUUUCUGAAUUCUGGAUUAAGGCUAGCGACUGGAAAACAUUGGGAAGCAGAGUAUUACAAUAUAAAACAUUGGGAUAUUUUUGGACUGGAUAG